AUGCGGAGCGCCGUCUGUUGCGUGUUAUUUGCUGGGCUGGCCGCUGUGGCGAUGGGUACGGAGAUCAAGUGUACGGUACGCACAGACUGCCCUGAUGGCUACCUUUGCGUCAACAAUGUCUGCAUCGCCAACCCGAACGGUGGAACGCGCCUCAAGCGACAGUGGACGUGCAAGGUGCAUGGAGAUUGCGGGGAGCGUGAGAGAUGUUCCGGUGGUCGAUGUGUCAGCAUGAUAGAUCACCCCUUCCCCGAUCAGCCGCAUUGGGUGUGCGCGUCGGACAGCGACUGCAACCCGGGCGACUUUUGCGCUGGUGGCCAAUGCCAAGCCCUCGAUUAUGACGACAAGUUGAACAAGGAAAGCCGCGAGGGCCGCAAGAAGCGCCAAGGCGGGCCGAUA